CUUGUACAACAACAACACCACCCUUAUUCCCAUAUAUAUCUACUUUCAUUGCUAUAUAUAAAUACAUAUUUAAUUAGAUUAUAUAAUAAUAACACCAGUUAACUAUGAUAAGGUCUUGUCCCCGAUUUCGAUUUGAUUCACUCUCACUUGUCUAAAGCCCCGCGCAACACAAGAAUGAGUCUCAAUCUUGACUGCCUGCCGUCGCUCGUCCUAUCUUUGAUUUACGAUCAAAUCUACCUCUCAUCACCCAACACUCUGCGAUGUUUGUUGCUAGUGAGCAGGGGCUGCUAUCAUGCCGCAGUUCCCUAUGUUUAUCGAAACCUCUCGCUAAUGGUCUCCUCACACAAAGGACUGCACGAAGAUUGUGCUGAACUCCAAGAAAAUCGGCUUGGCAGCCAAUUCCUGGUUCAUGUUCGCUGUCUUAAAGUCUGGGGUUAUCUGCCCUUACUAACCGAAGAAGACUCCCCCGAAUUUGAGGAGUUCCCUGAUUAUCCCGAGGAAUGGGACCCAGAGCACGGCCAUGUGUUUUAUGGGGAUCGGCCUGAUGGAUCAGCAGAAGAAGUUCAGGAAGCUUGGAAGCCUCUCGUUACGAUCAUCCAGAAGUCCCACCACAUCUCUGAUUUUAUAUGGAUUUGUCUGAACCAGCUACCGCCGUGUUUGCUCAAGGCCGUUGAACAGAGCCAUCCAACCAGUCGACUACACAUGCGGUCUUUUCGCCUUCGCAGUCUUUGCAGUGAUGAAGACCAUGGAAUCACUGACCCUCAUGAGCUAGACCUGAUCCAGUCGCCUAAUCUACACAGUAUCAGCGUGAGAGUCACGACGAGUGGUAUAGACGGUAAACCGGACUAUAAUAAAGAUGCAAUAUUUCAGGUUGCUGCUGUAGCUGCGAAUCUCAAGCAUGUCAACAUCGUCAAAACUCGACCAGCGUCAUCUCCUGAAGUAAUGAGAUAUUAUAUGCAGGGGGGUAGCGGAUCGCCGCAACCCUGGAAAGGAUUCGUCCCACCAUUAGAAUUCUCCAAGAAGGGCGAACUCAUUUCUCUCACUUACUCUGGGGAUCCAGGAGUAGAAUUAGGAGAACUAUUAGAAUGGUCACACUGCAUUGACUUGUCUAAGAUCCGUUACUUGAUUCUGGGACAGGUAUCAGAUCGGCAGGUAAUCAAUUCCGUGGCACGUACUAAAUUUACAUCCCUCGAGAUGCUUGACGUAUUACCCACCGACGCAACAGCAUCUGAGAUAGAACAUAUGAUGGAUUGCCUACCACCUCUAAAAGACCUUCGUUUGGUAUGCAAUAUACCUUUUUCUUCAAUGGAGAAGGUUCUCCAGAGACAUGGCCCGACACUGCGCAGAAUGACCAUCCAUCACAGGAUGUCCCUAAAACAGCUCAAGAAAGUCAUGUGUUACUGCCCAUUUCUGGAAUACUUACAUAUGGGUAUUCCAAAUUGGGUAAUAGCAAGUCUGAAUGACAACUCCCUCUCUGACUUCUCCCUCUCUGGCUUUUUGCCGGAAUUUCCCCAGAAUCAUUAUCUCCAAGUGCUUUCAUUAUCCUUUACGGGUAUCUUCUCGGUACCGUCAGAUAUAACGAGUUUACAUAAGAUGGCUCCAAAGAUUUGGGACGUCAUAAAUAAUGACAAGAGCGGAUUUCGACUUGAGCGUCUUAUUGUAAUCGGCGGUCAUGUGAGCCCUCCUCUUCCACCGUUCUCUUUUCGCCAUUAUUAUUGACUGGUUCCCCCUUCUCGAUACCCUCAUAGUGCCUUCUGUCCAGCUAACGUGUAUAGGAUACUGUCGUAGUCGAGCGGAAAGGACCCGAAAAUUUGAACGAGGUUGAAAUAAAUCAAAUUGAUGUACGCGGUAACGAAUGGUUCGCCCUAGACGUCGACGAACGGUUCCAUGGACUUCCGUCAUCACAGUGGCGAUUUUUAAGAGAUACCCUCUAGAAUAAGGAUAGACCG